ACUGUAACCUCUCUCGAAGGUUCUAUUGAAAUGACAACCAGUCCAAAGUUGGCUAGUAGGUCUCCUCUGUUGAAAAACAAAUAAAACGUUAAUAAUUAUGAUGGACGGAUAUAACGUUAGUAAUUUUUAAAUUUAACACUUACAAAGGAUCUUUCUGAAUAUACAAAAAAAUCAACUUAUACGCCCAUAAAAUGGCACCGUUAUUAGGUGAUGACACUAUUCCAUUUGGCCAGGAGCAACAAGACCCCAAUAAAUUGCCUCAUCCUUAUGUUACAAUGUGCCAUGUUGGAUUCAGAGCGACGGCUCUCGUCGCGUAUAUGUUCUGCGGCUUGUUCAGCACAAGUUUCAUAACUAGUUUCGUAGUUAUAGUCCUGCUUCUCUGUGCCGAUUUUUGGACAGUGAAGAACAUCACAGGCCGGCUCAUGGUGGGUCUGCGAUGGUGGAAUUACGUCGACGAUGAAGGCAAGUCUCAUUGGGUCUACGAGACGAAAAAGGGGGACUUGCAGAAUAUGGUGAACAAAACAGAAUCGAGGAUAUUUUGGACGGCGCUUUUUGCAUUCCCGGUCAUAUGGGCAUUGCUUUUUCUCAUUGCAAUUUUCAGCUUUAGCCCCAAAUGGCUUAUUGUUGUUUGGAUUGCUCUUACAUUAACAUCGGCGAAUCUUCACGGUUACAUCAGGUGCCGGUUUGGGUCGAACAAUGAAGACAUUAAAACGACCCUGUCAUCUGCAACAUCUACAUUUUUCAGGCAACAAAUCCUGCAAAAUGUAACAUCAAUGAUGGAUGCUUCGACUAAACAACAAACGCAGCCUGCCACAAACAUCGUAUGAUCAAUUUACAUUCUUUCGCCAUGCUUUUCAAUUUGUAUAUAAUUAUUUUUAUUCCAUGUAAAAAUAUGAUCCUUUGAUAAAUCUGAUAUCUGGUUAUAUAAUGUAAGCUGUAUGUAUAAUAAAUAAGUAAUAUUGUUUGUCACAAAUUACAAUAUUGAUAUGUAUAUUUGUAUGUAUGUUUAGAAAGAAAAUUGAAAUUUAUUAAAAAGUUUUUUCAUGCA